AUCAGUUCGGCAAACAUCAGUCGUACAAAGACAACCAGUGUGUGCACAAGUUCUGCGAAGUGAAUCUUUUCUAACGAAGCCUUUUGACUAGAAAGCGUUUUUCUUCAUUGUGAAGUGUGAAAACGAAUCGAAGUGGAAAAAGUUAUUUUAUUGGGCAAAAUUCUUUGUUAAAAAGUGAUAUUUAUUCGUCUUGGUAGAAAGCUAAAAAGAAUUCAUCAAGAUGCCAGAAGCCGCCGGUGAGGUCGAAACCUUUGCGUUUCAGGCUGAGAUCGCUCAGCUGAUGUCGCUGAUCAUCAACACGUUCUACUCGAAUAAGGAAAUCUUCCUCCGUGAGCUGAUCUCAAACUCUUCUGAUGCUCUGGACAAGAUCCGCUAUGAGUCGCUGACGGAUCCCUCAAAAUUGGACAGCGGCAAGGAAUUGUACAUCAAGAUCAUUCCGAACAAGGAGGCCGGCACGCUGACCAUCAUUGAUACCGGUAUCGGUAUGACGAAAACCGAUUUGGUUAAUAAUCUGGGAACGAUCGCCAAGUCUGGAACAAAGGCAUUCAUGGAAGCGUUGCAGGCCGGAGCCGACAUCAGCAUGAUUGGUCAGUUUGGCGUUGGUUUCUACUCGGCUUACUUAAUUGCUGAUCGCGUUGUUGUGACUUCCAAGAGUAACGAUGACGAGCAGCACGUGUGGGAAUCUUCAGCUGGUGGUUCCUUCACCAUUCGGCCCGAUAACGGAGAACCAUUGGGACGUGGUACCAAGAUUGUGCUGCACAUCAAGGAAGAUCAGCUGGAAUAUCUGGAGGAAAGUAAGAUCAAGUCCAUCGUGAACAAGCAUUCUCAAUUCAUUGGUUACCCGAUUAAGCUGCUUGUUGAGAAGGAACGCGAAAAGGAAGUCAGCGAUGAUGAAGCCGAAGAAGAAAAAGAGGAUAAGAAGGAUGAAGAUAAAAAAGAUGACGAGCCAAAGAUUGAGGAUGUUGAAGAAGAAGAAGACAAAAAGGACAAGAAGAAGAAGACCGUCAAGGUUAAGUAUACAGAGGACGAAGAACUUAACAAAACUAAACCGAUCUGGACUCGUAACGCUGACGAUAUCUCCCAGGAAGAAUACGGAGAGUUCUACAAAUCGCUUACCAACGAUUGGGAGGACCAUCUAGCUGUGAAACAUUUCUGCGUUGAAGGUCAGCUAGACUUCCGCGCUCUUUUGUUCGUUCCUCGCCGAAUGCCAUUCGACUUAUUCGAGAACAAGAAAAAGAAGAACAACAUCAAACUGUACGUGCGACGUGUCUUCAUCAUGGACAACUGCGAAGAGCUGAUUCCAGACUACCUUAACUUCAUCAAGGGUGUAGUCGAUUCGGAAGAUCUCCCACUGAACAUUUCCCGUGAAAUGUUGCAGCAGAAUAAGAUCCUUAAGGUUAUUCGUAAGAAUCUGGUCAAGAAAUGUAUGGAACUAUUUGAGGAACUUUCCGAGGAUAAAGAAUCUUACAAAAAAUUCUACGAUCAGUUCAGCAAAAAUUUGAAGCUGGGAGUCCAUGAGGACAGUCAGAAUCGGCAAAAGUUGGCGGAUCUGUUGCGUUUCAAUACAUCUGCUUCGGGUGACGAAUAUUGCUCACUGGCUGAAUAUGUUGGUCGCAUGAAGGAGAAUCAGAAGCACAUUUACUUUAUUACCGGUGAAAGUAUCGAACAGGUGAAAAACUCCGCAUUCGUUGAACGCGUCAAGAAGCGUGGAUUUGAAGUAAUCUACAUGACAGAAGCCAUCGAUGAGUACGUCAUUCAGCAGCUGAAGGAAUACCAGGGCAAGCAGCUAGUUUGCGUUACCAAGGAAGGUCUGGAGCUACCGGAAGACGAAGAAGAGAAAAAGAAACGCGAAGAAGAUAAGGCCAAGUUUGAGAACCUUUGCAAAGUUAUGAAGUCGGUCUUGGAUAACAAAGUCGAAAAGGUCGUCGUCUCAAAUCGUCUCGUCGAUUCACCGUGUUGUAUCGUCACCUCUCAAUACGGUUGGUCAGCAAAUAUGGAGCGUAUCAUGAAAGCUCAAGCCCUUCGUGAUUCGUCAGCCAUGGGUUACAUGGCCGGUAAGAAGCAUUUGGAAAUAAACCCAGAUCAUUCGAUCGUGGAAACUCUGCGGCAACGAGCGGAUGCCGACAAGAACGAUAAAGCCGUCAAGGAUUUGGUCAUCCUGCUCUUCGAGACUGCUUUGCUCUCUUCUGGAUUCUCGCUGGACGAACCCGGAGUACACGCUUCUCGCAUUUAUCGUAUGAUAAAGCUGGGUCUCGGUAUCGAUGAGGACGAAACGAUGAGCACCGAGGAAGCGGCUGCUCCAGCUGCGGGUGGUGAUGCUCCUCCACUAGUUGACGACUCAGAGGAUGCCUCGCACAUGGAAGAGGUGGACUAGACUAAUCUGAUCUCCGUAGCUAUCCUGUAACACAAAAAUCUGAGGAAGUUUUUGGUUGUACUGUUUUCCAUUCAGUUUUGAGGUAGAUGCGAUCGAUUAAUUUUACGUUUAGGCAUUGCAAGGUUGCACCUCGUGCUAAGGUUUUAUUAAGUUUGUUCCGCGUUGUAGCGGCUGCAAAGAUGUACAUUCUUGUCAUAUACUUUUACUAGUAGUAAUUAAUAAGCUAGAGAUUGCAAUCUGCUGAUAGCUUUUUGGACGAACUGAUUACAUUUAAAAUAAAUAUGUCAUGUUCUGGUAAAUGAAAAAAA